GCAACAGUUUCACGCAGGUCAAACAUGCUGUGACUCUCUCUGACCCGGAGCUGAUACAGUUCUACAGAGGACCAGGUGAUAAAGGUCUGAUCUUCCUCCUCCUCCUCCUCCUCCUCCUCCUCCUCCUCCUCCUCCUCCUCCUCGUCCUCCUCUUCCUCGUCCUUCAGACCGCUCCUGUCAUUCAUUCAGUGGCUGGUGGAAGGAAUCAUGGUCUCCUCUGUGCACCUCUGCUCGGGGCUGCUGGUUGUGAUCCUGCUGGUCCUUCAUCACUCCUCAGGGUUCUGGAUUGUAAAUGUUGUGUUCCCUCCCAACACCAAAACCAGAGUCCUGAGCAACAGCACUCCGCCACUCAUCAUCGUACCAGGGAACUUGGGGAACCGUCUGGAGGCCAAGUUAAACAAACCCACGCUGGUCAGCUGGAUGUGCUACAAGAAAACUGAACACUGGUUCCCCCUGUGGAUCGACCUCAACAUGUUCAUGCCGAUAGGUAUAGACUGCUGGAUUGAUAACAUUAGACUUGUUUACAACAGGACGACCCGGCGGUCAUCUAACUCACCGGGGGUGCAGGUGCGAGUCCCAGGAUUUGGGCAGACGUAUCCCCUCGAGUAUCUUGACUAUAACAAACUGGCCGGUUAUUUUUUCAGUAUGGUUCAACAUCUGGUCGAUGUGGGCUACACACGAAAUGAGACCAUCCGAGGAGCACCGUACGACUGGAGACUAGCUCCUAAUGAGAAUGAAGAGUAUCUCGCGAAGCUGAAGGACCUGGUGGAGGAGAUGUACGAUCAGAACCAGCAUCCUGUUUACCUGCUGGGACACAGCAUGGGCUCCCACUACGUCCUCUACUUCCUCAACCAGCAGCCGCAGGCCUGGAAGGACAAGUUCAUCAGGGGCUUCAUCUCCCUGGGAGCUCCAUGGGGGGGCGCUGUUAAACCACUCAGGGUCAUGGCAUCAGGAGAGAACGACGGCAUCCCGAUGAUUUCCAACAUCAAGAUCCGUGAGGAGCAGAGGAUGACGACAACGAAUCCCUGGAUGCUGCCGUCUGACAAAGCCUGGCCCAAGGACCACGUGUUCAUCUCCACGCCGACCUUCAACUACACCAACCAGGACUAUCACCAACUCUUCAAGGACAUCGGCUUUGAGGAUGGCUGGUACAUGUGGGAGGACACCAAGAACCUGACGAGCGAUCUCAUCCCACCUGGUGUGGAGACGUGGUGUAUGUACGGCGUAGGGCUUCCCACUCCGAUAACGUACAUUUACGAUGAGAAUUUUCCCAACGUAGACCCAGUGGACUUUGUUUACGCCGAUGGGGACGACACGGUGGACAGCUUCAGCAUGAGCCUGUGCAAGCGUUGGUCAGGGCAGCAGGAGAAGCCCGUCCACGUGACGGAGUACAGAGGCUUGACCCACCUGGAUAUUGUGGUCCACGAAAAGGUGAUCAACCAAAUCCAGGACAUCCUGGAGGGCAAAUCAGACACACCUGAAGAAGUGGAUGUCCGAUUUGGAACUGAGUAGCAAAUACAAAUGAAACCUGACACAUCCACACACACUGUAGCUCCCACAUGUUUACCCCCCCCCCCCCUCCCCCCACGUCAUAGUUCAAGUUAGUGCAACAAACUAAUCUGGACUUGUAACUUGUCCCUGACCCCCCCAGCAGAUAACUGUGAACCCCUUAUCUAAGCUGUAUGCUUAGUUCAACUGUUUAUUUAUGUUCCAUAGUCUAUUUUGUUGUGACUCACCCACACAGUCUGUUGUCCAGCCUUAUAUCUUGUGGCGGUCAUGGUCAGAUAUACAUUGUUAAACAUCAUUAUAGUUACAAAUAUAGAAAUAAGUUUUUUUUAAAUGAUGCUUUCUUUCUUUCUUUCUUUCUGUUUUUGUAACUGUAUUAUUAACAUACAACUCUAAAAUAAAUACAUAACCAUGAUUUGUUUACUUUUGAUAGAUGGUGAGUUCAUCAUCGCUUCCUUGUUAUGUACAAAUACACACACAAAUACACAAACAUAAGGGUAAGGCCUAUAUGACGUGCAGUGUGGUUGUGUGGAGGUGCCUGAGGGCAAGAAGGUUCCUGGAUUCAAUUCAUGGUUCCGUGUGCAUGUUUCUUCAUCUCUGUGUUCACAGUAGCAAAUAAAUGUUAAAUAAAUAGCUUGCCACACGCACGCACAUACACACACACACACACACACACACACACACACACACACACACACACACACAGAGCAAGGGACAAAUCAAAUUGAUUAUAAAUGCUCUCUAUUGUUCAUAAGAUUGACAAAGAAGGAGGAAAAAUACAUUACUGUGUAUGACAUCAUUGCAAUAUUUUGGUUAUGAUUUAUAUGUUUAAGUUGUAUGUAAAAAAACAAUGAAAAGGUGAUCAUCAAAUCCUGUUGCUGGUGUGGCAACUGAAACCAGUGUGUAAAACUAUAAAUAAUUUUAUCGUAAAAGUAAAAUGUUGCUUUGUAAAAAUGUUAAAAUAAAAGAUAUAUGGUACCAAAGGUAA